CUUGCGGGCAUUUGUGUAAACAGAAUUUACUGAGGGGCCUGACAUGGUGACGGCUCCGACCGGUCGUUAUGGUGAUGAGUCCGAGAAGAAAGAGGGUUUUCAGUGAAGCCGUUCGUGAGGAACCUGCAGAGUAAAAAUAAAACUUGUUGUAGUACCUACUGUACAUGUGAACACGGUCAAAUUACUAGGUCUCAGCUCUGACACGGGUCUCUCUCUCUCUUCUAACCACUCCUCGUUUCGGAGCGCAAAUCCAAGAGUCAGCGAUCCAAUGCGAAAUCAAGAACUCUUGCCGUUCCACAAGACAAAGCAAGCAACCAGAUCUCGGCUCAUCUCGUUUCAGAAAUAAACUGCAUUAAAGUAGAGGGGUCUCUGGAGUAACGGCUGUAUGAAAGACACGUCCUCUAGAUGAUAAAGUAGGAGCUUUGCGUGCAGUUAAGUGUGGUGUGAAUCACCCAACGCCACAGAAUUUGCCCUGUGAAUUCUUUAGUCCUCUUGAAGACAGUGUUUAAAAAACUGCCUGACAUUUGUGAUUGGCAGCAGCUGCUUUCUCCAAAAUUUUAAUUUGGUGCAACAUUUAAGCAUGUCUCAUUGAAGCCAGCUGUGGUUGAAAUGGCAUUUAAUUUUUUUAAUUUUUCCCCCCUAAAUCCUUUUUUGAAGGAUAACUUUUAAACAAAUAAUUAGGAAUUUCCUGGUCCUUUUAAAUUUUGCCCUUUCAUUUCUCUUUUUAACAAAUGUAUUUCAGAUUACUACAUUGGCACAUAUGAGACUGAUAUUUUUGGAUUAAAGCUAUAGAGGAGCUGGGAUGUCUUUCGUUGCAAAAAAGUGUGGCAUUCAGUUGCAGCCUCCAUCUAUUAUUUUAAUUUACGAAGAUCAGGUCAGAAGUAAUAUACGGAAGCGCAUCAUGCCUGUCCGGAAUUUCUCCAAGUACUCAGAUUGCAGGAGGGCAGCAGAACAGCUAAAGAAUAAUCCUCGACACAAGACUUACUUGGAAGGGGUCUCAAUGGAACAGUUGCAAAAGUUGUACAGUUUGCUCAGAGGCCAUUUGGGAGGACAAAGUUUGACUCAGAGUCUAGAACAAAUUCAGCUGAAGGAAAUAAUUGACCCUGAGGAGAACCUGAACAAACUUGAUGACAAGGAGCUUGCCAAAAGGAAAAAAAUAAUGGAUGAGCUGUUUGAAAAGAACAGGAAAAAGAAGGAUGAUCCUGGUUUUGUCUACAAUGUAGAAGUGGAUUUUCCACAAGAUGAGGAGCUUGAAUCCUGUGGCUGGGAUGCGGAUUCAGAUGAUGAAUUUUGA